GUCAAGCAGGAGGCUUGGACGCGUCCCGGGUUGACCGGGUCCGCUAGAGUUCUGGUUGAGGAACUUCUGUAGGUGUUUGGGGCCGCAGGAAUCUGCAACCAUGGAUGACUCACAUGUGCCUCGAGACUUGCUUUAGAUUUGGGUUUUCCUGAAAUCCUUGCAACUACGCUAACAUUGAAUGAAUUGUAGAACAGACCUAUGGUAGAAUUAGAAUUUUGAAGCACUGUCUUGAAGACUCAAGACUGUAAUUCUGGCUACUUGGGAAAUAGAAGCAGGAAAUUUAUAGACGCAAGGCCUGCUUGGUCUACAAGGCCAGUGGUGGCAGAGUCAACAUUGAACUAUGCUUCGUGGUCUUCUUGGAAAGGCCUUUCGACUUGCUGGCUAUACCAUUCAAUAUGGCUGUAUAGCUCAUUGUGCUUUUGAAUACGUUGGUGGUGUUGUAAUGUGUUCUGGACCAUCAAUGGAACCCACAAUUCAAAAUUCAGAUAUUGUCUUUGCAGAAAAUCUUAGCCGACAUUUUUAUGCUAUCCAAAGAGGUGACAUUGUAAUUGCAAAAAGUCCAAGUGAUCCAAAAUCAAAUAUUUGUAAAAGAGUAAUUGGUUUGGAAGGAGAUAAAAUCCUCACUACCAGUUCAUCAGAUAUCUCUAAAAGCCGUAAUUAUGUGCCAACAGGUCAUGUUUGGUUAGAAGGUGACAACUUACAGAAUUCUACAGACUCCAGGUACUACGGACCUAUUCCAUAUGGACUAAUACGAGGACGGAUCUUCUUUAAGAUUUGGCCUUUCAGUGAUUUUGGAUUUCUGCGUGACAGCCCAAAUGGCAACAGAUUUUCUGAUGAUUAGCAAGCAUUUACUUUUUCGACUUGAUUAUUGUCUCCUAUUCAAAUGAAUUUAUUACUGCAGCUGAAACCAUGAACUUACAAAUAAACUAUUUGCUACUCAGUUUUAUUUUUGUUUUUAAGAGUAAACAUCACAUUCUGCAAUAUACAUUGACUAAAAGUAUUUAGGUAUAA